AUGUAUGUGUAUACUAAGGCAGUAUGUGCAAAGCAUAGUGUAGAAUGUCUGAGAAAAAUGGCCAUCAUCAAUAUUAGGAAAUACACAAAAUCAACGCAUUUCACCGAAAUAGUGAACACAACUGUUGAUGAAAUUAUAACAUCAAUGAUAACCAAUGAGGGAACUGAUCGACCGUUAGAUCAGGAAAUGUACGCCAAUUUUCAAUACCCAAGUUUUGGCGUAGGACACGAUAUUACCAACACUUACGCUAUUUAUGAGUUUAUACCCAUUUUUCGCUAUUUUAUGGCCAAUCCGUUGCAGAAAUUACAACAAAUAUACAACAAAUGUUUUAAAUACACCAAAAAUGAACUGAAAAAACGUGAAAAUACUUACGACGAGAGCAAUGGUCAGGACUUUUGUAAAUUAUUUAUCGGAGCUAAACACAGGGCAGAGGCGGACGAAAAGCCAGAGUUGGAGUAUUUGAAUGACAAUAACAUUGCGGCCGUAGUUAUGGACAUGUAUUUAGCGGGAAUUGAGACAACAAACAGCACACUAUUAUGGCUAAUAUUAUUGAUGACAUAUUAUGGCGAUUGGCAGCAAAUAAUGAGAAAUGAGAUCAACGAUAAAGUGGGCGAUAGGGCACCGGUUGUGGACGACAAACAAUGUUUGCAUAAUGUUAUGGCAUUUCUAUACGAAACUAUGCGCUAUAGAAACACUGGACCCAUUGGAGCACCACAUAUGACAUUAGCCGACACUAUAAUUGAUGGUGUAUAUCCAAUUCCGAGUCAAACAAUAAUGGUUCAGCAUUUAUGGCAGAUAUUAACGGAUAAUAAACUAUGGGAAAAUGGCCAUCAAUUUAAGCCGGAUCGUUUUCUUAAUGAGCAUGGAUGCUUUACUUCCGUAGGCCUUUCAGGUUACAUACCAUUUGGUGCGGGGAAACGGUCGUGUCCUGUGUUUGCAUUGCCAUCGCAUUUGCCGCUAGCUAAUUUUAAAAAUACCCUAAAUGACAACAUCAACACCGGCAUAGAUAAACUAACUCAAAUGUUACCCACAUCUCCCGGUGCUCUACCAAUUGGCCCAAUCAAUACACUUCAAUCAACACUCAGACACUUAGCAAUUGGAUUGCCGGUGGAUUUAAUCGGGCAAUUGCUGGACACUAUUCAAAACAUUUGGCCCAAAAUACAUGCCCUCACCGCUAGUGCUAAACAGCAUGAUCAAUUUAUUGUUAAUCUACCAACACAGUACUAUUCUAAUCACGUAACUGAUAGUCUAAACGAUUCAAUUGCUACCAUAAACGCUGUGACACAGAGACCGGGCGCUAAGACUCAGUUCAUGCAUCAGUACAUACAGGGGCUGACGGCUACCGAAACCCAGAACGUGGCAACUCUUUCAACAGGCGCUGACUUUGAACCAGUAGUUGACGACAACUUUCCAUACGAUAUACCAAACGUUAAUCUUCAGUCCAUGCAGUACCUGAUCCACGAGCACGUGGUAACACUACUUGACUUAGAGCGGGCUAUUGGCAACAAUACUGAGCAAGGUCAAGAUGAUCAGCUGAUUCAGGCCGCUCUAAUAGAGCAUUUAACACAGUUUAACCCACGCGUUCAGGCAAAUAUCUAUUUGAGCUGGGUGCAAUUUGUAAAAUCGCUAACUAAACUAGAUGGUAAUGUUGGUAAAAACAAUGCUAAUAUAGAGAAAGAUGUGUCAGAUGUGGCUAAAGCUUCUCAAUGGCUGCGCUGGCAGUUUGAAACACUCAUUAUUGUGAGUAAUUCACGGCUGGAGGCCGUCGGGGCUAACCGUAUACCGGCCUCUGAAGACAGGUAUGUGUCCGAUAAGGCACAGGUGUAUCGACAGUUUGUGGCAAAUGUUAAACUCAGAUGGUUUUCACAAUUUAAUACUACCGACACAUUAAUUCGUAAGGGAUUAACACAUGCUGUCAAUCAAUUAGCCCUACUCUCAAACAUUCCGGCGCUAAGUAAUAGCAAAUCAGUAUUGAUGGACCAGAUUAGCUACACUGACGCUCAGAUUAAUAAGUUUAACGCUGCUAUUGAUUUAAUAAAGUCUAACCGCGAUCUAUCAGAAAAUAUAAAACAAACAGCUGUUGACAUAUCAAAGGGCGCACAACAGGCGGUCGUCGAGACAUCAAUGAAACUAUCGGUACAAUUAGUGGACAAAAUCCUUCGCAAACUACACGUCCAGUGGUUGGCCGAUAAGUCGCACCUAAAUUAUACCAUAAACUUAGUAUUGGGAUCUCAAAGUUCAAUAACCUCAAUAAACAGGGGUAAACCCACGGCCAUAGAAAUGGCUGCUAAGACAUACCGUCAGGGCGUUGAACAGCAGUUGCGGUUUACCGAGGAUUGUGUCCGACAAGUGGCCAAUCAGUUGCUGGCUUAUAGUCGACAAUCACCGGUCGCUGACUUCGAACUACAGGAUUUGAAAAAGCAACUAUUAUGGACUUUACCGUUGCUUAAAGCUAGUUUUGAUGAAACUAAAAUAGAAUUGUUGGCUAAGCUUGCUAGCGAAUUGGAAAAAGUUACUAUCGAUGGCAAUAAUUAUGGUCGGGCUAGCAUUUAA